UUUGUUGUAUAAAUAGGACUGUUUAUGUUUUCUGAACAAUUUCGUGGAUUUCUUGAUAAAAAUAAAGGUGCCAACUGCAAAUUAGCAUCGUUCGCAACUCCCGCCGUUGUUGGCUUUGCAAAAGUGGGUCGGAAAUGUGUAGGAAACUAGGGGAACUACAGCGCAAAAGACUCACAAAAAGACCGGCCUGAAACGAAAUCCGGGAGUCACGGAAAGACCACCCUCGGAAACCGGUACCGCGCAAUCAUCGCUAGGGUAAAUCCGAAGAAGAUCUCAAGUGCAAGGGGCUGCGUUGAAAAUGGAGCUGGAGCUCCCAAAUAACCCUCAAUUACUGGCGGAGCUGGUCAAUGGAUACCGCGUGCUGCUGCAGCAACAAAUCACACAGCAUCUUAAGCGACAUCGCGAUCACCUCGCUCGCAUGAGAAAGCGAUUCGCACAGAAACUAGCCCGACGUCUGGCCCGGAACUACGAGCUUUUCAUGCGGAAAAGGCGGCACCUGGGGAGCCAAAUUUCCCCGGCCAUCCCGAAGAAGCCGGUUCCCCUACAAAUCAAACAGUACAGUCGCAGAUGGUGGAAAAGUGUCGCCAACGGGAAGGAACACUUCAACGAAGAGCUGUUCCGCAUGGAUUACGCUUGUUUCCAGCUGCUUUGCGAACGGCUAAACGAUGAAUUAGCGGCCGAGAGCAUCACACACCACUGGAUACCACUAACGAUUGAGACAAAGGCCGCUAUCGCGUUGUAUGUGCUCGGCACGGGAGCUGACUAUCGGAAGGUUGCCCACGAGUUUGAGGUGCCCAUGAGCACGGUACAAAAGUGUCUGUUGACCUUCUGUAACGCGGUGGUGAACGUGUUUCUGGAGGAAGAGGAGCUUAUCUAUCUACCAGUCGAUGACCACAUCGAUGAACUGGAGGAUACGGUGGAGGAAUUCGAACAACUAGCCAACAUACCACGGGCUAUGGGAGUCCUCGACUGUAUGCAUAUCGCCAUCGUCCCGCCAGUAGAUGAAUCGCAGUUCUACGUCAACAGCAACGGAUGGGCCUCGGUGAUACUGCAAGCGGUAGUGGAUGGCAAAGGCUGUUUCAUGGACGUAUCGCAGCACUCUGGAUGCACGAACGAUGAAACCGCUCUGUUCGAGUCACCCCUAUACGAAACGAUGGAUAGACAACAGUUGCCAAUGGCAAUGCUAAAUGACAAGCUCACGGCCCCGUUUCUAUUGGCGGACAGCGGAUAUCCUUUGCUCCCGUGGCUCAUGACACCGUACCAUGGGGAGAACCUGUCACUGGCGCACCGAUCCUUUAACGUUUACAUGGCCCGAGCCCGUGCCAUCGCUAGUAAAGCGUUCGAACGAUUAACCGGCCGCUGGAAUCUAUUACAAGGUACCGUACACUUGGACAUUUCGAUUGUACCUACCGCCAUCAUGGCCUGCUGUCUGCUGCACAACUUUCUCGAGUUUGAGAAGGCAUCUUACAACGAGGAAUGGAGUGAGUCAACGAUUGAAGCGGAAGCUGUAUCGGAACAGCCCUUCUGGCUCUGCCCUAUCGUGGAUGAGGAGGGCGAGGAAAUCCGGAACCACUUGAGCGACUACAUGGAGGACAAUUUCCCCGUCGUAAUCGACGACAUUUGACGCAGUUCGUUGCAAGGCUUCAUUUCUCUUCUUUAUUAUUACCAAUAUUAAAACAAGUUAAUACAACACGAACA